AUGGCAUCAGUUGUACGCGGCGGCGACGCCAGCCGCAACAGCCACAGCGUGUGGAGUACGUGCGCUCAGGUGUACGGUCAACUGGCAUUGGACUCCGGCCUCCCCGGCUCACAAGUGCUCGUGGAGGGAGGAGGCGUGCGCCGCCUGCUCUGGGCUGUCGCCCUCCUGACGUUGGUGUACUACAGCACCACCGAGACGUCCGCCAUCCUGCGCGAGUACUUCGCGUACAGCGUGACCGUCGCCUUCGAGUACAACACCAACGAGUCCUUCGAGAUGCCCGACGUCACCGUGUGCAACGUCAACCCGCUGCGAAGGUCGAAGUUGUGCGCCCUCAAUGCCUCAGAGAGGGGGAUGAACGCGGAGCUGGAGGAACGUCUUUGCGGCAAAAGACAGGGUUUUCGAAGAGCCAACCCAGGCGACCUGAGGCUGCAGCAUUACAUCUCGGACUGGAUUGCGCAGCGCAAGGCUACAAAGCGUGAGUGGCUCUGGGCCCUCGGUCACCAGUUUGGCGACACCUUCGUCGAUUGCACCUACCACGACCAGGACUGCAGAGAUGACAAGCUCUUCCGCAACGUCACCAACGCCUGGUAUGGAACUGCUACUGCUUCCACUGCGACUGCACCGAGCGGGCUAGUGCUCACGCUUAAUCCGGAGUUGGAUGAGUACCUGCCCACUUCCUACCAGGCGGGCUUCAUCGUUAUGGUCCACGCACAUGGUACCAGGUUCUCAGUGUGCAGCGAUAGCGUCUACAUCACUCCGGGCUACACUACCUACGUCGGCCUCAAUUUGCUGGCGCAAACGGGGCUACCGGAGCCGUACGCCAACCCCUGUCGCUCUUCUUGGCCUCAUCGCAUGUUGGUCCACAUGGACCACAUGUACGGCGCCUACACUCGAGAGCGUGCACAACUUCAGACCGCACUUGGGGCAAUAACGGGCAUCAGGGAUGACCUCGUAGUGGAUGUCACCAGGGCGUCGCAGAACCCGAAUGCUAGCAUGUGCGCUACACGCCGCUACAACCCAUACCAGCAAGACGCUCGAGAAAGAGUGCAACUGCCUCCGUUCCUGCAAGACGUUGUGGGAGCGACCAAGGAAAACGGGCCACCUGCUCGUCUGGUACUCUACUUCAACUCACUCACCUACGAGCAUAUUCGAUCGGUGCCAAAAUACGACGAAACCCACGUGCUGGGCAACCUGGGCGGCAUCAUCGGCAUGUACUUGGGCCUGUCCUUCUUCGUCCUCUUUCAACUCCUGGACAUCCUGGUCGUCGGGACGCUGCGACUCAGCACGAUGCUCCGCUGGGAUGCGCGCGAGCGCCGCCUGGUGGCGCUCGCACCGCCACCUGCACGGGCCUCAUUGCCCGAAUACUGA